GAAUUUAUCAGCGAGUCACGUCUCUGUUAUGAAUAGAGAAGAAAGUUCCGAGUUGUGAAUCGUCGUUCAGAGUCAAAGGUUCGGAGAAACACGCGUGUUAGAACUCAGAAAUUUGCGGUCAAAAACAACCGGGAAUUAUGGCGGCUGUUGCAGCAGCAAAAGUACAAGAAGUUCGGGAGAUCACAAGAAUUGAGCGCAUCGGAGCUCACUCGCACAUCAGAGGAUUAGGUCUAACUGACAGUCUUGAACCACGAAAUGUUUCUCAGGGUAUGGUUGGUCAGCUGGCAGCUCGAAGAGCCACGGGUGUUGUUCUUGAGAUGAUUAAAGAUGGUAAAAUAGCUGGUAGGGCAAUCUUACUAGCUGGGCAACCAGGAACAGGCAAAACUGCAAUAGCAAUGGGUUUGGCCCAAGCUCUAGGCCAAGACACACCAUUUACCGCAAUGGCUGGUUCGGAGAUUUAUUCUCUAGAAAUGAGCAAAACAGAGGCGCUGACCCAAGCUAUCAGGAAAUCUAUCGGUGUACGAAUCAAGGAAGAAACGGAGAUAAUUGAGGGUGAAGUAGUUGAAAUUCAGGUCGAUAGACCAGCUACAGGUGUGGGUGCAAAGGUUGGAAAAUUGACGCUCAAAACAUCGGAAAUGGAAACGAUCUACGAACUUGGUAACAAAAUGAUUGACAGUCUUAUGAAAGAAAAGGUUCAAGCUGGUGAUGUGAUAACGAUUGACAAAGCAACCGGAAAAAUAAAUCGUCUCGGACGUUCUUUUACACGUGCUCGUGAUUAUGAUGCCACCGGUUCACAGACGCGUUUCGUACAGUGUCCCGAAGGAGAAUUACAAAAACGCAAAGAAGUUGUUCACACUGUGUCGCUUCAUGAAAUCGACGUCAUUAACAGCCGGACACAUGGUUUUUUGGCGCUUUUUUCUGGUGAUACGGGUGAAAUUAAAUCCGAAGUAAGAGAUCAAAUAAACAGCAAAGUCGCUGAAUGGCGAGAAGAAGGCAAAGCCGAAAUUGUACCUGGAGUUUUAUUCAUUGAUGAAGUUCACAUGCUUGAUGUUGAGUGUUUCUCCUUCCUCAAUCGCGCUCUGGAGAAUGAAAUGGCCCCUGUAGUUAUCAUGGCUACGAACAGAGGUAUCACGAGAAUAAGAGGAACGAAUUACAAAAGUCCCCACGGCAUACCUAUCGAUCUUCUCGAUCGUAUGAUAAUCGUACCAACGAGUCCUUAUCAAGAAAAAGACCUCAAAGAAAUCUUGAAAAUAAGGUGCGAAGAAGAGGACUGUGAGAUGGCAGAUGACGCGUUGACCGUUCUGACAAGAAUAGCUUCCGAAACAUCUCUGAGAUACGCGAUUCAAUUGAUCACUACAGCGUCGCUCGUUAGUCGCAAAAGAAAAAGCACAGAGGUCAGCAUCGAAGACGUUAAGAGGGUUUAUUCGUUGUUUCUAGACGAAAAUCGAUCGACCCAAUUCUUGAAGGAGUACCAGGACGAAUUUUUAUUCAACGAAUUGCCUGAUCAACCGAUGGAAGUGGCAUGAUUGAAAUAGCACGUUUGUCAUACUCCGACUUCAUUCCUUACUUUCUAAUCAAUACAAUCUUACAAACUUCAACCAGUUUUUCAAUACAUCGAUAAAAUUUCACAAUCAUUUCGUAUUCAUUUUGUUCGCGUCAUACGUUAAUAUUAAUUCAUAGUUAAUCGUUUGGAUGCAUACUCCGUUUCCAAGUAUCGUGAACACCGAUCGCUUGUCGUUAUUCUCGUGAAACGAUAAAAUGUAAACAAAAAACAAAAACGAAUAAAAAUUGUAUAAGAUAAUCAAGAAUAAAA